GUGGCAAGCAACAAUUAUGUAACAUCCGAACGCCGUUUCGAUACAACGCAACGCCGGAUUGAUUCCCGGCCGACGGGCACCGGAUUCUCGGCUACACACAAUCAACUGGCCACCAGCUAGGCUGCAAUGGAGGCGUUCAUCAACGAAAUGGUAGAACCGCGCGUGUUCGACCUGCUCGUUCUAAUCCAGCCCAAAUGGAAGCUGUUGGUGUACGUGUUUUUAAUGAAUAUAGUGAUCUUCACACCCGUGUACGUGUAUGGCGCACUUCUGAGCAACGACUCGGAACUAGAUCUGAUCUGCCCACCGGUAAUGCUGAUCGGCUUCAGUCUGGUGCAUCGGUCCCUGUUCUACUGGAACAACGAGCAACGAAGCACUCCGUCGCUUUUGUCUGGAGUCGCCAUCCUCUGCCUAGGAAUCUCAGCUAGCGGUCUGGUCGCCAUGCACGCGCCACACUACAUUUUGGAAGUGCUGCUGUACAGUGUUGUUGGUGGGUUCGGCUACCAGCUGGUCUACUCCCGUAUGUGGAAAUUACUAGCGAAAAUCUUCAACGCCAAGAAGGAGAUGUUCGUCAUCAAGUUUCUGCACUCAUGUGGCCAGGCAACGAGCUUACUCCUAUUGCUUGUCGUUUUUCUUUUGCCAUGGGAGGAUUAUAUUUAUGGCGCGAUGUUGCUCCUGCUAGCUGGCGUUAUACUACAUCUCAUACCACUCGUGCUCUUGAUCAAAGGUGAGAAGAGGCGGUUGCAAAAUGACCAAGACGCGUUAGUGCGUUUGACCGAGAAGGGUAACGAGCUUUACUAUGCACGCGUAGCAACACGAACAGUCUCGGAAGUGGAAUCGGCAUCCUGUAGCGAACAUCCUGACUCUGAUUUCGAGAGGACUCCAGUUACGUGGAAAAAUCCUGCAAACUUUUCCAAACCCAUACAAGAUUUGCAACCAGAACCUAUCGAUGAGCCGAGGCUUAAGCGAACCCAAUCGACGACAGAACAUCUCGAUUUUGAGUUCGAAGAAUGUGAGGACGCGUCGAUAUUCCGACGCGAUGGGAAAUGCUUCAAUCAAGAUGGCGUAGAAAUCCUCGAAGUGAUCAUCGAGGAGGAUGAAUCCACUCUAGCAGCGUAUGACGUUAGAGACUUAGAGGUGCGCCAAGACGAGUUAUCUUCCACCUGUAGCCUGUCGGAUCCGGUGCAAGUUGCCGGCAAAUGGCGAUGGUUGAGCCAGCUAUGGAAGGCUGUAACCGGCAGUUAUCAAGGCUUAGGUUUAGAUUUUCGGCUCACCGUUAACCUACGGCUGAUAGAGUCCACACGCAGCGCACUAGGAGACUUGCGCUGUUGCAGUUCCGCGCUGCUCAAAGCUACAGAUGCCUGCAUCUUCACCCUGUUCCUAGCUAUCCUGCCUCGUUUCACUGCCUACCACUACCAGCAGCGAACCCAGUCACGCUACAUGACCCUGUUAGCCAUGAUCGUGAUUGCGUCCGCUUGGAUUGGCAGUUCCUUUCUACUACUGUGCUGUGAGCUGCGCUUCCGCAAGCAACAGGAACGUUUGCUCGUCUUCGGACUGCUGUUCGAGGCGUUCGGCUACUUCUGCGUAUAUGCGAUCAAGUCCAGCUUCUGGACUAUCGCCGGGUGUGUGUUGAUCGGAACUGGACACUCGAUUGCUUGCUCCUACCAGAAAACAGUGCUCAAGCGACAGCUUGGUCAACGUCGCUGGGCAAACGCGAAGACCGGAAUCGAACUACUUUCCGGUAUCGCCGUGCUCAUCAUUGCCGUCCUUGCUAACCUGAUCUACAUCUACGGGCGUGUCGAUCGCCUGCUGCUGUUAUUGCUGCUUAUAUAUAGUGCCGCCAGUGCCCUCUGGAUGGCCUGCAGCUGUCGGAUAUUUUUUAGCUAAUGU